AUAAAGUAUUAAACAGACAAAGUUUCUCCGUUGUCGAUUACAACUUGUGUAUUCCAUCCAGUUUACUGAUUAGCUGAAGUGCAAUAAAACCAUUGGAAUAUUAAGUGUACAACCACAGAAAAGAAGAUAAAAGUUAUACGGGAAUAAAAUCCAGUUGCGGUUUGAAGUUCUAACUACGCAGACUACUAAACAAAGCAAAGUCACAACAAAAUGGCCUCCUUUCGUUUGGGUCCACUGACGCACUCUGUGCCAAUGUCACUAUUCCGCAAAAACCGAGAGAAAUUGUGCGCUGCACUGAAGCAACAUAGUUCUAUUAAACCAAAAGCUCAUGUUUUACUGGCUGGCGGCGACGAUGUUAGCUUCAACGAUACGGAUGUGAGUUAUCCUUUCCGUCAGGAGUCCUAUUUCCAGUAUUUAUUUGGCGUCAAGGAGCCUGGUUGCUAUGGUGUACUGAAUAUUCAUACUGGCAUAUCCAAUUUAUUUGUGCCGCGUUUACCAGAAGAGUAUGCCACUUGGAUGGGAAAAUUGUAUACAUGUGAGGAAUUCAAACGAAUGUAUGAGGUAGAUGAGGUGCGUUAUGUGGACGAAUUAAAUUCAUUCUUCGCGAGCGCACAACCUUCCGUCAUACUGACAUUGAGUGGGCUCAACACGGACAGUGGCAUAGUAUCCAAACCAGCACGUUUUGAAGGGAUCGAAAAGUAUAUUGUCGAUUGUGAAAUAUUGCAUCCAGUGAUAGCUGAAUGUCGCGUCAUCAAGUCAGCCGAGGAGAUUGAGGUUUUGCGUUAUGUCGCAAAAGUGUCUUCCGAUGCGCACAUACGUGUCAUGCAAUUUAUGCGUCCAGGACGUUCAGAGUAUGAAGGUGAGGCUGUAUUUUUGCAUCACGCCUACGCUGUUGGUGGCUGUCGGCACGCCUCGUACACUUGCAUUUGUGGUAGUGGUGUGAAUUCAGCGGUGCUGCACUACGGUCACGCGGGUGCACCAAAUGACGGGCCAGUACGUGAUGGUGACAUGUGCCUAUUCGACAUGGGCGCAAAUUAUUGCGGUUAUGCGGCUGAUAUAACCUGCAGCUUCCCAGCAAAUGGCAAAUUCACCGAAGAUCAAAAGUUUAUAUAUAAUGCCGUCUUGGCUGGGCGAAACGCUGUGCUGACGGAAGCACGCGAAGGCGUCUCUUGGGUGGAUAUGCACAAGUUGGCGUGUCGUGUUAUGCUAAGAAAGUUGAAAGAAGGUGGCAUGCUUAAAGGUGAAGUAGAGGAUAUGCUUGACGCUGGUUUGGCGGGCAUUUUCCAACCACACGGUCUGGGUCAUUUACUCGGUUUGGAUGUGCACGAUGUUGGUGGCUACCUAACAGGGCACCCAGAACGCCCAGCUGAACCAUGGCUGUGUAAAUUGCGUUUCGCACGCACUUUGAAAGCGGGCAUGUACGUAACCGUCGAACCGGGUUGCUACUUCAUUGAAUAUCUAAUGGAUCGUGCACUUGCCGAUCCCAAUCUGAACAGGUUCAUCGUGAAAGAAGUGUAUGAACGUUUCCGCAAAUUCGGCGGUGUCCGCAUAGAAGACGAUGUCCUGAUUAAAGAUGUCGGUUGUGAGAAUUUCGCCAAAGUACCACGCACCGUGGAGGAAAUCGAGCAGACCAUGGCUAAUCGCAAGGAAUAAGCAAGCUGUUGCCUGGCAAGCAAUUAUCUAGCAAUUUAUAUAUCGAUUGUUUCGUGUAGAUUAGAUUGUUGUGAAUGAUUUACACUUGUAUACCUUAAAUGAAA